CGCGCCAUUUGUGUCUAGCAGCAAAAGCGCGGACCGUGGAAACAUUCGUAAAAACAGAGGCUUGUGAGCCACUCCAUUAUAGCCAUCUUAUACAGUGCAAAGUAAUUCAAGACAUGCUAUGGAUGACACGCUGAAGCCAAAUGAAGAAAUGGACACCAUACCAGAAAAAGGCACAGAUCUAAGUGAGCAGCAAGAUCAUGAAGCUAUGGAGGAAUCAAUAGCAGAUACUCAAAUAGCAUCUCCCAAGUCUGAAAAUGUGGAAGAAGACCAAGAUGAGGAGCAGCCACCAGAUUCCAUGACAAAGAUUCUCACCUGCACUGCCUGUGGUUUUGUAGCGAAGUCAGAGAGAUCACUGAAGAUUCACUCUGUCAAGAAGCACCGUAAGGUCAGUGAGGAGAUGGAUCCUACUGUAGAUAUAGAUGCUGUCAGCAAAGCUGAACUGCUCCCCAAAAAACAGUCACGCCUUGGGGUUGACCAAGGUGAGCCUGUUGUAAUCUUGAAGAAAUGUGACGUGGCAUCCAACAAGCUGACACAUCAAGAGGAAGCCGGUACACCAGAGAGAAGAAUCAGCAAGCGCACACCCAAACCGAAGGUGUUCCAUUCCUGUAACUACUGUGGGCAAGAGUUUCGGGACAAAGCUCCCUUAGAUGUUCAUGUCCAGAGAUACCAUAGCAAAGACACCCAAUUGACAUUUGAUACUGAUGAGGACAUGAAGGAGGAUGAAGAUGAAACAGAGGAUUCUGCGAGCACUGUGGGGGUCCCAACAAAAGUAGCUUCCAAGCGACCACACAGCAGCUUCCAGCUGAAAUGUGACAACUGCGAGGUCACAGUCAGCUCCCUGGCACUACUAGAAAACCAUGUUCAAGUUCACCACCCAGAUAUUGACUGGCAUCGUUGCAAACUAUGUAACUUUUUCACAGCAACAGCUGGCUGGAUGAAAAGACACUUGUCGUCAGAGAGCCACAAGCUGCAGCUCAAUAAGGAUCCACAGCCAAAGUCUCUUGAGUUUGAGGAAUCUGUGGAAAGGGUUAGCAGAAGCAGCGCUGGCGAGGUUGUCCUUAUGUCUCAUGGGGCUUCUCCUGAUGUGACGCGUGCAAAUGCUAUGUCGGAGAAAGAUGUUGACUCUGAAGAAGCGCUGAAUGCCAGUCUGGCUGAAAAUGAUGAAGUGGAAAAUGAACCUCCUAAAAAGAAGCAGGGAAGACCAAAACACGAGUCCACGAACACUUGUGAGUUCUGUGGCUUAGUUGUGUCCACCGCAGCUAACCUCAGUGUCCAUGUUCGUCGUAAACACAGCAAGCAGUAUGCUUAUACCUGCAAUCUGUGCAGCUACAACUGUGUGACCAAAGGAGACAUGGAUCGCCACUGUGUCACAAGAAAACAUCUCAAACGGACAGAGAUUAAUCAGAGAUCAAAUGUCAAUCCUGCUAGUAAACAACAUACAUUUAUCUCAGUCCCUGCAACGACGGCCUCACCAGUCCACGAAGCAAAUGCUGUGAUUACAACAGUCAAGGAUGAGCAGAAGUCUGAAAGUUCUGAUUCCAAACAACAAAGUGGUGUGGAACAAACUUCGUCCGACACAAAUCAGCAAAUGUUUGAAUUUGAAAGUGCUCAUCCUUGCAGCCAAUGUGAAUUUGUUGCUCAGACAAUGGCCUCUCUUGAUUUACACGUCAAAAGAAAGCACACCAACGAGUUUGAGUAUGUUUGUUUAGCUUGCAGCUAUUAUGCGGUAACAAGCCGUGACAUGGUUCGCCAUGCCAACACAGAGAAGCACAAGCAGAAAAGAGACGUGUACAUGGACACCCAAGAGGGUAAAAACUCCAGAGCCAAUCAGCUGCCCACAAAGCCAGACAAACUACAAACUGACAGUCUUGUCUCGGAAGGAGAAGUCAAAGGUGAUGCAGAUGCAAACCAAAAGGAAGAUGGGCAGCAUAUUUCAAGUCCAUCUGGUCCCAUAGAAUUUGGUGGACAUGGGAGUAGUGUCACUGAAGAUGUGGAUGAUGACAAUACAGGGGAAAUCAUCACAGUAACAGUAGGUGCUGAACCAGACUCUCAUCCAGAAACCUCCCAGCCAGAUGAGUCAGAAUUGACCCAAAAUCCCACAGAAGAUCUAAUUGUGUCAACGCCGGAACAGCAAAACCAAAAAGAACAGGAGAAAGAUCCAGUUGUGCAGCCUAUGAAAGCAAGUGUGAAACACAUGUCAAGUGCCCCCCCAUUUGAUGCUUGCAUUGUAUCUGCUAAGUCUCUUUCGGAAAAACAAGCAGAGGAAAUGCCUCAAGAUAUGACUCUUCAAUCUAAAACUACAGUUCACUUUCCUGGUGAAUCCACCUCCAGCUUUGGACAUAAUUAUCCACAUGUUAAGAAGCUCAAUCCUAAAGAAGCGGAGGCUCGAGGAGAUGCCUCUUCAAGCAGCACUCGAAUUCGAUGUGAAGACUGUGGAUUCAUGGCUGAUGGAAUUAACGGUCUAAAUGUUCACAUAUCAAUGAAGCACGCCUCAAAGGAGAAACACUUCCACUGUUUGGUUUGUGGCAAGUCUUUUUAUACAGAGAACAACUUGCACCAGCACCUCAACAGUGCUGCGCACCUUAGAAUUGAAAAGAACUGCGUUGAGGAGCUGCCAGAUGGGGGUGCAAACUUUAAGUGCAUGAAGUGCACAGCUCGUCUGGAUUCGGAGCAAGACCUCUUCCUCCACAUCAAGGAGAAGCAUGUGGAGCUAUUGAGGGAAGUCAACAAGUAUGUCCUGGAGGAUACAGAGCUGAUAAACCGUGAGAGGGAAGAGAACCAGGGCAGUGUUUGCAAAUAUUGUGGCAAGGUGUGCAAGAGCAGCAACUCCAUGGCCUUUCUGGCACAUAUUCGCACGCAUACAGGUUCCAAGCCCUUCAUGUGUAAGAUCUGCAACUUUGCAUCUGCUCAGCUGGGUGAUGCCAGGAACCAUGUAAAGAGACAUCUUGGAAUGAGAGAGUACAAGUGUGAUAUCUGUGGAUGGGCCUUCGUGAUGAAGAAACAUCUUAGCACCCACAUGUUGGGAAAACAUGGAAUUGGACAACCAAAAGAAAGGAAGUUCGAGUGCGACUUGUGUGACCGCUUGUUCAGUGAAAAAUGGGCCCUGAACAACCACAUGAAACUGCACAGCGGAGAGAAGCCAUAUAAAUGUCCGUGGCCAUCGUGUUACUACUCCUUCCUUAACCAGUCAGCCAUGAAAGAUCACCACCGGACCCAUACUGGUGAAAAGUCCUAUCUGUGUGACCUUUGUGGUUUCGCGGGGGGCACGAAACACGCUCUGACCAAACACAGACGCCAGCACACAGGAGAGAGGCCCUUCAAAUGUACCCUCUGCAAAUUUGCUUCCACCACACAGUCCCACCUAUCAAGACAUAAACGUGUGCACACUGGGGAGAAACCAUACCGCUGCCCCUGGUGCGACUACAGGUCGAACUGCGCCGAGAACAUCCGCAAACAUAUUCUCCACACAGGAAAGCAUGAAGGAGUGAAGAUGUACAAUUGUCCGAAAUGUGUCUUUGCCACCAAUUCACCCGUGGAAUUCCGUAACCACCUGAAGGAGAGCCACCCAGACAUUGAGAACCCAGAUCUUGCAUACCUACAUGCAGGUAUCGUGUCCAAGGCCUUCGACUGUCGUCUGCGGGGUCAGGGGGCCUCAUUUGUGGAAACGGAGACCUUGACUUCGCCACCCCGUCCGCCCACAUCUGCACAAGAAGACUCCAUCCAGCAAGUCAUUAUCAUCCAGGGGUAUGAAGAGGGAGAAGUGGCUCAAACCCUGGAAGAGUCUGCUGCUGCCACGCUGCAGACCCUGGCCAUGGCUGGUCAGGUGGCCGAGGUGCUGCAUAUCACUGAGGAUGGGCAUGUCAUCACCUCAGGCGCAGAAGUUCCAGCCGCGGCGGCGGCUCACCUGGCCGGUACAAGCACAGAAUAUGUGGUGUUGGAUUCGCAGGAUGCCCAGGAGAAGCUGAAAGGCCUGACUAGGAGAGCCACGGCGGGACAAAGUCAUCCACCCUCAGAGUCGUCCACAGCUCUGGACGCUCUCCUCAAUGCUGUCAGCGAGAUCGGCCACCAGGAGGAGAUCCGGGAAGAGGAGGAGGUCAUCCCUGAGAUGCUGACUCCUGAGGUGGAGGUCUCCACGCAGAAAGAAUUGCAGCCAAAGGUCAUGAAAGCCAAGGAGGCAGCGCCUGAGAGCAGUCAGGAGGACAUACAGGAGGUGCUGAAGCUGGCGGCCUCUCAGAUGAUGAAGGACGGGCUCACCCAGGUCAUCGUCAAUGACAAGGGGACCCACUACAUCGUGACGGAGCUCCAGCUGGAGGAAGGAGUGUUCCGGGAGGCUGCAGUCGGUGAUGGAGGACAGCCACAGGUGGAGCAGCAGGAGACUGAGGAGAUGGUGGUUUAUCUGCAGGGGUAGUUUUGGCUACCUUCAUUUUCAGGUUCAUCUUUGAUUUGAGUCGUCCCAUUCGUUUUUCUAGUUUAGUUUGACCAUAUUUUUCCGUCUAUUUUACCUGAUUUAUCUGGUGCCGAUGACUUUCUUUUGCAUUCUCACUGUUCAUUUCCUGUGCUAUAUUAUUCAUGUGGCUCCUUGGAAAGUCUUUAUUCAUGAGUUUUAACUUUUCCUCCGCUUCUGCUUUGAUCAAAUGACAACUCAUGUUGCUUUUAAAAAUCCCCUUGCUCGACUAAGAGUGAUGAAUGAUCUUGCAUAGGUUGACUUUUUUGGUGGGUGCCAAACGGAACCAGGUUUUGAUUCAGAAUUUCCGAGGAAGUCACCUCCAGGAAGUUUGAUGGAAAUGAUCUGAUGGAUUCAGCGAAGCGGCUGGAUCGGCGAUGGAUUGUGAUCUAUUGAUAUAUGUUUCUUUUUUUUCUCUCCUUUUGUUUCAUGUGGCAAUUGUGUCUUAAUGUUCUUUGCCUCUGUGACCUGGAGCCUCAUCCACGUUCUGGUCCAGUCAUAGAGGACAAAGUCAUUACUUGUUUGAUGAUCCUUCCGCUUUUCAUUGUAAAUGUCUUUUAGUUUCUGGCAAUAAAGGUUUGGCCA